UACUGGUGGGAGGCAGUAUACUGCCGGCUGGCUAUCUGAUAUGUCAGUUGGCUAAAAUGUGAGUUUUUAAUGCCGUGUUGGCAUGAUGGCCUUUUCGAAAUGGCUGACUUUUUUGUGUUAGGAUAGCGGCAGUCGGAGUGUGACAAAUGAUACAGCCUUAACGCCCCCAGUUUGCUUUGUUGGAUCAUCGGAGCCCAGAACAAGAUGCUGCUGAAGAUGCCCCAGAAACUGCUGAAGACUGCUCACUACAUUGAGCUUGGCAGUUACCAGCACUGGCCAGUGCUGAUACCACAGAGAAUACGACUGUACACCUAUGAACAAAUCCCCCUCUUCCUGAAAGAAAACCCCUACAUCACAGACGGCUACAGGGCCCACCUACCCUCCAAACUCUGCCUGAAGAGCAUUUUUAUUUUGUCUAAUGAGACUGUGAACAUCUGGAGCCACCUUCUGGGUUUCCUCCUUUUCUUCUCUCUUGGGGUCAAUGACCUCUCCUCAGUACUGCCAGCCUCUGGAGCGAACAGAGAAGACUACGUCAUCUAUGCUAUAGGACUUUUCUGCUUCCAGGUGUGCUCAGCCCUACCUACCCAGGUUUGCAUGUUAUGUUCAGUGGGAUAUCACCUGUUCUCCUGCCACCGAUCAGAAAAGACCUGCCGUCGCUGGCUGGCAUUGGACUACGCAGGCAUUUCUGUCGGCAUCCUGGGCUGUUAUGUACCUGGGAUCUUUUAUGCUUUCUACUGUAACGCAUUUUGGCGACAGCUCUACCUGCUCACAGUGCUGUCCCUGAUACUGGCCGUCUUCUGUGCUCAGGUCCAUCCUCAUUAUCUUAGCAACGACUGGAAAUUCAUAAGGAUGACAAUCUUCUGCUGUGUGGCAGGCAUCAGUGUGAUUCCUGCAUGCCACUGGGUCUGGCUGAAUGGAGGAUUCACAUCUGAUGUUGUGCAGCUGUUUCUCCCACGUGUGAUAAUAAUGUACCUGAUUGCUGGAUCUGCCUUCAUGUUCUAUGUCACCAAAAUCCCUGAGCGUUAUUUCCCAGGCCAGCUGAACUACCUUGGAGCCAGCCACCAGGUGUGGCACAUACUGGUGGUGGUGAUGUUUUACUGGUGGCAUCAGACCGCCGUGUACAUCAUGCGCUUUAGACACAGCCAGCCCUGCCCCACCAGGACGAGCAGCAGCUAAGUUAAUCUCAUCACUCAUCACUAAGUAAUUGGGACUAGCUGUUGGCUAAUUCCCAACAAAACCACCACAUGAACAUGAACAACUUUUUGUUGUUGCCUUUACUUUGUCAACCACUAACUGCACGAUGCCUCUGACUACUAGUUGAUUAAAUGUCAACUGACAGAAGGACAUUAAUAUUUAGUUUUUUUGUGUGUUUUUUUUUGGCUUUCACUGGGUCUCUUGUCUGUUAAACAGAAGCAUGUUUGAAAAAAAACAGUUAAUACCUUGAUACCUUGGUGAGGUCUUAAGUGAAAGUGAACUGAUGUCUAGAUAGAAACCAUCACUCCACAUUCACCAACGGACAUAUAAGACAUUUGACCAUCAAUUCAUAAAGCAGAAGUUUUCAUUGUUUUGCAGAAAUAAAUUAAUCUUACAUGUUUUUUGACAUAUUUCUGGUUUGUAUAGGUUUGUCUUCAAUAACUAAGACUUAUUUUAAUCAAUAACAGAUUUGUGAACUCUGUUUUUUCCCUGUACUUUUUGUUUUUAUUUCUCUGUUCCUACAAGAAAAAGUUGCACGAAAUGUUUUGAUAUAAAGGUUAGAAAGUCAGAAAAAUGAAGGAAACUAGACAUUCUGUGUUUGAUGCAGCAAUUGACUUGUUUCCAGUAGAAACUAUCUUCCAAUGCCUCAAGUAUGUGAAGUUAUUGAACAAAUAAUCAAUGACGCAGUUGCAAUAUUUUCCAUGCAAAACGGAACAAAACUGAAGACCCUGUAUUGUUUUUUGUGUCAUGUCAUUUUUCUGUAAUGUUUUGGUUUAGGAACACACAGCAGUGAUGGCAUUAACUACUAAACAGAGACCAAAACCGCUGCUUUAGUGCUGCACCAGGACCGAAAUCUCUAAAGCACUCCUGUCGUAUCAGCUCACAGAGCUGGACAAUCUGUUUGCUGUAACUUGGUCUGCCUCCUCACAUAAAACUUCAUGAUUUGGGUUCAUAUUAUCAGUUUGCUUCAUAUUAAUUGAGAUUAUUUUUUUCAUUGUGGUACAGACCUCUCAGUCACGCUUAAAUAUUUACUUAUGUUUGACUAGAACAGUCCAGCUUUGGCCAGUAUCCAGUGUGACUCCGGUCUCUGAGAGGGCAUAAUAAUAACACUGGACUUACACUGAUCCUGUCAAACUACAACAAAGGAUGUUGCCUCAUUAACCUCUGCUGACAUAUUAUCUAGAUAGAUCUAAACAAAGUUAUCAUUACUUUUUAGAUUUACAAAAUCAAAAAAGGUUUAACAAACAUUUAUGUGGCUAAAAAGAUAACUCAUGUUGUGUUUACUUUGAAUGAAAUGACCCUUUAACAAUAGUUUGAGGCUAUGAAAUUACUCUGUGCUUGUAUUACAGUGGGCACAAAUUCCAGUAUUUCUCUGCCUCGGUCUUUGCUUAAAUCUUUAUUCUAAGUUAGUAAUAGUGAAAAGCCUUUACCUGAUUUCUAGCAAUCCCCAAGUAGCUGAAGUGGAAUCCUGUUGAGCAGUUCCCCUCAUGGAAGUUAAACCUCUUUUUUGCCACCGAAAGGCUCAGAUUACUAUAACCUAAGGUAAACACACACACACACACACACACACACACACACACACAUAUAUAUAUAUAUAUAUAUAUAUAUAUAUAUAUAUAUAUAUAUAUAUAUAGUUUUAUUUAUUUUUAUUUAUUUAUCAAAGUCUUGUUUUUUGUGAGCCAAUAGAAAUGCUAUAAAAAGACAAAGAGGAAUCCUUUUGUUUACAAAGAAUAGGACCUUUUUAUGCAAAGCUCCACAAAUAUGUCCAUGAAAGUAAUCACAUUUUUGGAACUACAACUACUAAAUUUAUGCCUUUUAUGAAGCUUAAUGUUGGUCUUUCACUUCCCCAAAUACAACCAGAAGUAAAGAGACUUGAUGGCGAGUCAGUACAGCUCUAUGUUAAGUUCAUAAAGUAGUUUGGCGUGUUUUCCCUUGUUGUCCAUGAACUUAAACACAUUAUCUUAUCUCCUGUAAAAGUAUAUCAUUAGUAUAAACACAUGUUAAAUGGAAAACCACCCAUAGCCUCACACAUGCAGAAGAAAGAUGAUUGUGAUUUGGUCAGCCUCCAAGUGCCAUACGAAAUGUAGCAAACAGGUCAUGCCGGGCUAUUUUCUCUAUUUGCCUUUGGUUAAAUACCAGUUUGAGCCUUUCAAUGGCAAAAACAAGCAGUCUUUAUACUGAUUCAGUUUUCCCUUGGGGUUACUUUACAGCCAUUUUGCUGUUACUAGGUCCAUCAUUUAGCACCGGACCAACUCUGUGAAAAAAAUUAGACCUUAAAGAUUAUAAAUUACGACCUAGGUUUAAAAACACCAGAAUUAUCCUUGAAGCUAUCACUGAUUUUUUUCAGAUGGCUGUAGGGGUUAUUGGUCACCAGCUCUUAAACCGUUUUAUCAUAAUGCCUGUCAUAAAGACUGUGUGUACUUCAUUUACCUCUGUAACGAUUACUUUUAAUCUUCCACAUGGUGGGAAAAUUGAUUUUGAUGUUUAUUUUUGUACUUUUUGUGUCUACAGUUUUCAGUCAUGUUGGAAUUUUAUCUGCCUUAUAUCUUUGAUUCAUUGUUUUGUUUGCAACUUUGCUGUUUCACUCUGUUGGUCAGGGCAUUAACUAAAACCAGAACAAUUCUUUUUUUCUCUAUUUAAUCUUUAGAAAAGUGGAAUCCAGUCUAAAAGCACUUAAUGCUGUUGACUGCAGCGCUGCAAAAGGCACUGUACAGUUGCCCAAAGAUGUGACUAUUUCCCAUGAACUGUUGAACGUUUUUGAUUGAUUGCAUGAUCGUCUCAUUCUGUUUCUUGUGUUUCUCGGUGUUUUCCUUGAAUAUCAUUUGUAUGACAUUACACUGGCACUGACUCAUGAGAUGUAGAUUAUUUAUUUCAGUGCCUAUGUGAAAAUAUAUUUUUAAAAAUAUUUUGAAGGAAUAAAGAAUGCUGGGAAAA